AUGGCGCUCGCCUUCGACGAGUUCGGGCGCCCCUUCAUCAUCCUGCGGGAGCAGGAAAAGAAGACGCGCCUGCGGGGGCUCGACGCGCAGAAGGCCAACAUCGCCGCGGGCAAGGCCGUCGCGCGGAUCCUCCGCACCUCGCUCGGCCCCACGGGCAUGGACAAGAUGCUCCAGUCCCCCGACGGCGACGUCAUCAUCACAAAUGAUGGGGCGACCAUCCUGGAGCAGAUGGAUGUUGACAACCAGAUUGCAAAGUUGAUGGUGGAGCUGUCCCGUAGUCAAGACUAUGAAAUUGGGGAUGGCUAUGAGAUGGCGUCAAGGGUAGCUUUUGAUCACCUAGAACGUAUCUCCCAAAAGUUUGAGUUCAGUGCAGACCACAUUGAGCCCCUGGUUCAGACCUGCAUGACAACUCUAUCCUCAAAGAUGGUUAACCGUUGCAAGCGGGCAUUGGCAGAGAUUGCUGUCAAAGCAGUACUUGCGGUUGCAGACUUGGAGAGGAAGGAUGUUAACUUGGAUUUAAUUAAAGUAGAAGGCAAGGUUGGUGGGAAGCUGGAGGACACUGAGCUUGUAUAUGGAAUUAUUGUUGACAAAGAUAUGAGCCAUCCACAAAUGCCAAAGAGAAUUGAGGAUGCUAAGAUUGCCAUCCUGACAUGUCCAUUUGAGCCUCCGAAGCCUAAGACAAAGCAUAAGGUUGACAUUGAUACUGUGGAGAAAUUCCAAACACUGCGUGAGCAAGAGCAGAAAUACUUUGAUGAAAUGGUUCAGAAGUGCAAGGAUGCUGGUGCAACCCUGGUUAUUUGUCAGUGGGGUUUUGAUGAUGAAGCCAAUCAUUUGUUGAUGCACAGAAAUCUGCCAGCUGUCAGAUGGGUUGGUGGUGUUGAAUUGGAAUUGAUUGCCAUUGCUACAGGAGGACGUAUUGUUCCGAGAUUCCAAGAGUUGAAUCCUGAAAAGCUUGGGAAGGCUGGAUUAGUCAGAGAGAAAUCAUUCGGAACAACAAAGGACCGGAUGCUUUACAUUGAGCAGUGUGCCAAUUCCAGAGCUGUAACUAUUUUCAUUCGCGGAGGAAACAAAAUGAUGAUUGAGGAGACCAAGCGCAGUCUUCAUGAUGCUCUUUGUGUGGCAAGGAAUCUGAUCCGGAAUAACUCAAUUGUGUACGGUGGUGGCUCAGCAGAGAUAUCUUGCUCAAUUGCUGUUGAAACUGCUGCAGAUCGGCACCCUGGAGUUGAGCAGUAUGCUAUCAGGUCAUUCGCUGAUGCAUUAGAUGCUGUUCCACUAGCCUUGGCUGAAAAUAGUGGUUUGUCACCAAUUGAUACCUUAACCGCAGUAAAAGCCCAACAAGUUAAGGAGAGCAACCCCCACUGUGGCGUAGACUGCACUGAUGUUGGCACCAACGACAUGAAAGAGCAGAACGUCUUUGAGACCCUGAUCGGCAAGCAGCAACAGAUCCUGCUUGCCACUCAGGUGGUGAAGAUGAUCCUCAAGAUUGAUGAUGUCAUCUCACCGUCCGAGUACUGA